AUGUUCGCCCCAGAGCUUCAGAAGUUGCCAGCCCCUCAUGGAGCCUUAAUAAACUACAUCCACGACCAUCCAGAGAAGCAGAUGGUUGAGAUCUUGGAGCCUUAUCGUAAGUAUGAAGCUCAGCUCCGAUCAGUCUUCGCCCAAGACCGCAACCAUCCCGCCCUUAGCGACUCCCACAUCAACCUUUUGCCCCUUUUCACCGAGGAUACCAAGAACAUCAAGACGCGCGCCAGAUUCCUCGCCGCCGAGACCCAAGAGGAGAGGGACCGCUACAUCAUGGCCCUCCCGGACGACAAGCGUCGUAGCAAUGGCUCUCCCGCCGUGGUCUCUGGCAUCAAGGAGUUUCAGAAGAACUUCAACAUCUUUUCCGAGUCUUCCCUCGUGGACAUGAACUGGGACAACGUUGUUGCAGCCGGAUCCUCCGUCAUCAACACUCUUCUGCCCGUUCCGCCCGAGUUCAACGUCUCCAAACGCAAACUUCGCGAAUACUACCACGAGAAGUUCUGCCCGGCGUCUGAUGUUGACCUAUUUUUGUACGGUCUCACCCAUGAGGAGGCCGUCGAGAAGAUAAAAGAGAUCGAGAAUUCGGUCCGCGACGCUAUUCUGAACGAAGUUACGGUUGUCCGCACGAAAUAUGCCAUUACCAUAGCUUCGCAAUAUCCUACCCGCCACAUCCAGAUUGUCCUGCGUGUAUAUAAAUCUGUGGGUGAAAUCCUCACAGGAUUCGACAUCGACGCGGCGGGCGGCGCCUAUGACGGGAAGCAGGUCUGGGUUACUCCCAGAGCUCUGGGAAGCUUCAUCACUCAGGUAAACCAAAUCGACCUGACCCGCAGAAGUCCGUCGUACGAGAACCGUCUUUCCAAGUACAGCCACCGUAACUUCGAGGUCUACUGGCCGGAGCUUGAGCGAAACCGCAUCGAUCCCACCAUCUUCGAACGCAGCUUCCAGAGGACACUCGGUCUCGCAAGACUUCUGGUUCUCGAACGACUCCCCACGCAGUCGGUCCGGGAUACAUACCUCAACAAGCGGAGAGAGGAGAGAGGUCGGCCAACGGCCAAUCGCUUCAAUCCCCACCGUCUGAACGGAAACAUCAAAGACAGCUACGAGGACGAAGUCGCGGAUUGGGUUGACGAGAAUGAUGUCUCCAACUACCACACAUUCACUGUCCCUUACGGCCAGUACUUCCAUGCAAAGAAGAUCGAGAAGCUUUGCUACACUCGAGACCUUCUUCUCAACGCCGAAUGGAAUCAGCCUGAGCAGAGAGAGGUCUAUCUGCAUCGUCAUCCUGCAUUCUUUGGUCGUGUCGAGGACGUCAUUGAGGAUUGUUGCGGCUGUUGCCCGAAGCCUGUCACGCCUGAAGAAAUCGAAAUUGCCAAGAAGGAGGGUGAGAUCUACAUCUCUGGCAAAGUUUCAUUCAUGAUCGAUGACCCUGGCCGACAGCAGAUCGGUUCUUUCAACCCCCUGACCGAGGAUGACUGGACCGACAUGGCAUAUAUUGGAAACACAGCUCGCCUGUGUCAGAGUAUUGUCGAUGGCGAUGUCGAUGAGGUCCUCGAUUGGCUGUUCCAGGAGGGUGCCGAUUCCAACAAGCGAGACUACACUGGGCGUACGCCCCUUCAUCUUGCGGUGAUCAGCUCGACGCCCGAGGUUGUGCGCUGUCUCGUCGACCAUGGGUCUCGUCUGACCGCCCGCCUUGCUGACGGCAGAACGGCGCUGCAUCUCGCGGCCGAGCGAGGGAACUCGGACAUGAUCAAAAUCCUGAUGGAUAAGAGCAUCACAAACGAGGAGGAAGAAGAGGAUAAGGUUGAUCUUCGUCGCAAAGCUGUUCGAACCCGGCUGCAGGAGGAACCUGCCUCCCGGAUGACUCGGAACCAGGACGACUAUGAUAAUGACGCGGAGGGCGAUGCCAAAUCUGACGAACCUUCCGACAUCGAGUUGGUUGACGCGGGAAAUACCGAGGCAGACGCAACAUCAAUCGCUACAGGAUCUUUUGUCAACGUCAAGGACGGUAACGAGAAGAGCAAGGAAGACCUCGUUCUGGAAGAGUCGACAGACGAGCCCGACUUCUACAAGAUUGACGUCUUGGCUUGGGACGUGCCCUGCUCACCUCUCCAUCUCGCCAUUUCCGGGGGACACGAGGAUGCUGUUAAGGUUCUUUGCGAUUACGGCAGCGAUGCUCUCCUACCCAUCAAGUUCCUCGAUUCAGACAAGAAACCCACGGCGGCCAUACUGACGCUCUCACUUGCGCUGUCGCUCCCCAUCGAGAAAGCUAAGUCAAUGGCUCUUCUCCUGAUGAGUCUUGGUGCCAGCUCAUCCCAAGCCGACAUGAAUGGCUGUACUGCUUUCCAUCGGUAUGUUGAAAACGGCAACCAGGAGAUGAUUGACACAUUGUGGGAGAACGACAAAGUCGGCCUCAAAACGGCUCUCAACCACAUGGUUUUUUCGAACAACCACUGGAUUCCAGAGGCGAUUGCGCCUAUCCAUACGGCCAUCGAAAACGGGGAUUCCAUUUUCGUCCUUAAGUUGCUCGAGGCCGGCGCCAACCCCCAGAUCGAGUUUGACACAUGGCUAAAGGCCGCCAAGUUUUCCAAGGCGUCCAAUAGUCUUGGCUCGUUCGAGGACAACAAAACCAAGUUUAACCUGCACACGGAGCAACCCCUGAUUGUGGCUAUCCAGAGUUGUCCUGAUCCUCAAGUGGCUCUGAAUUUGCUUGAAAAGGGGGCGGAUCCGAACACGUUGACAACCCAGGCUCAUCACGCGAUCAAAUACGAGUACCAGAGGUAUUACUACAACAAGCGUCAGGCGGCUCUUGAUCUUGUGCAACAUCAGUUGAAGGAGCUUCGCCGCUACAAGGGCGAGGAUUUCACACAGGCGAAGCCCCUGCUACCGUCAGGCAUGGAUGAAUUCCUUCAUGGGUUUGAAAAAGGAUCAUACAUGCACUGGCAAGUUUCAGAGGAUAUCCAUUCGCUCAAGGUCAACUAUGAGAGGCAGCAAGAGCGUUACGAAGAUGCCAAGAAGAAGCACGACGAGUUGAAGGGUGUUCCUGAGAAGAUGGAAGCCAUCAAGGAUAUGAUUGAAUCGCUUGAGAAGCUGGAGAAGGCCAUCAUUGCGAAAGGAGGCAAAACUUUUCAGGAGUUAUAUCCCGACAUCAGUUUAUCCGACAGCAGAUCCUCGAAGCGCCUUUCAUCGGAAGAAAAGAGGUCUGGCGACUACGGAUAUGUCUUCUCCUUCCAUGGCGUCAAUGACGUCACUGAUAUCAGGAAGACCGCUUACUUGGAACUCUUUGAGGCUGCUUGGUCUGGUGACAUCGAGAAGAUCAAAUCACUCACGCUCCAGGCCUGGGGGAAGAACCAGGAGGAGCCGCCGCUGAAGAUCUCCGUGAACGACAGUGAAGCCAACACUCCGUUCUCAUUGGCUUACCUCCGAGGCCACUACGAUGUCGCCUCGGCCAUCCUAAAUAUCGUCAUGGCCCAAUACUCCCCGGAGGACCAAGGGGCGGCGCGGUAUAAGCUGGACACUGGCGAUUCUGACGACCGCAGUGACGAGACGUACGAGAGCGGCGUUGACUCCACCGAUGAACCCAAGAUCAUUUCGGAAAUCGUCGACAAGAGGUUCACAAUCGAGAACAUUGGCCAGGUUUCGAUGCAAGUUAAGUCCACUGUCAAGCCCUUGGAGUUCCUGACCCGAAAUAUCCAUCCCUUCAUGGUCGAGGGCGGAAGGACCAGAAGCUGCAAGGGAUCCACACAAACUUUGUUCAAUUUCGUUCUAGAGCAUGACGAUCAUGCCGGACUGAAGGCGCUUCUCGAUAUGGCCGGCCACUUUGCUGCCCAGAAGCUUGUCGACGAGGUUCCGGAUGAGGAGACCGGCGGACGAUUCCCAUUCCCCGAGGAUGACUUCCUCUGGGCUGUCAAGCACGGCAAGACUGCAGCUCUUGGAGAGAUCAUCAGCCGAACUGGUGCGGGAAUACCGCUAGACAACCUGGUCAAGAAAAGCGGCCUUGAGAUGAAGCGGAAGUCGAAGUACUACCAGGGUCUUACGGUCUACGGAAAGAAGAGAAAGGACUGGGCGACGGCCGGAAGAAACGUGGUGGUCCGAUCGACCGGGGUGAAAACGCCGCCGCUUCUUCAUGCUGCCUCCGCUGGCAACAUCGAAAGCGUCGAAUGGUUCCUCGGUGAUGCUCCUCACCGUCACUACGUUGAAUUCGGAAAGUCGAGAGCAGGCCGGGAUGAUGGCAGGCUAAAGCGGCUCAGCCAAGCACCUGGAGGGUUUGACCGAGCCGUCUCCAAGUGGCUUGGCAUCAAAAAUGAGCUUGUUCUCCAUUGCGCAGUCAUGGGGCCCCCUACCGAAAGUACCAACAACGUCAUCAAGUACCUCGUACAAGCGUGCCCAGGUUCCCUUGAGUACAAAUCUACUCUCGGCGACACGCCCCUAUGGCUGGCUUUCUACUUUGGCAGACUUGAGUUCGCAAAGACCCUCAUCGAGGCCGGCGCAAACCAGAUGACACGCAACAGCUCUGGAGAGAACAUCAUCCAUGCCGCCCUUCAUGGGAGGCCCAAGGCCUGUCGUCUCGGUCCCGUCCUGGAUCUUGUCGCCUCCAGCAUCAUCUCCCACCUGUGCCAGCAGCGCAAUAGCAUCCACGAGAGCGGCACGACGCCGCUGCAUGCCUGGAUCACCGCAGUCUGCAUCUCGCGUGGGACAUCAUCGUCCUACUACUGGGGCAAGAAGUACGACAACAACGAGGAUAUUCUGGACGUGCUUAACCUACUUCUCAAGUUCUCCCAGGGCGUCGAGCUCGAGAUGCUCAACGGCGCGGGCGACACUCCCCUCCACACCGCCGUCAUGUCCAAUGAUGUGCUCCUGACCGAGGCCUUGAUCCAGCACAAACCCAAGCUGCUCUACCGCGAGAACGCCGUGGGCCGCACGCCUGCCGAGGUCGCCUGUGAGAACGUCACCAGCGAAAAGUUCACGGCUCCGAACCCUAUAUUGCUCAAAACAGGCAACAACUGCAACAACAACAAAAACAACCCUUCCGCUAUUGUCAGCCGGUCAGUCGAGUCCUUUAUCAAGAACGACGACGACGAUGACAACGGCAACCUAAAGUGCUCAUUCAGACUCUCCAACAAGCAAAAGGUCUGGGAAGGCAUGCGUGGCAUCCUCGAACAGCACCCGGACAAGCGCCGCCUCGUGUCCCUUAACGAGGCCAACGACGUUGCGAAGCGUCUGGGCGAGAAGUACAACGCGAGUAGGUAUUUCAGCAUCACAGUGCGACAGGACGAGGACGCCGAUUCGGAGGAGGACGAGACCGGGUAUGAGCACAAGGAUGGCUUUGCGUCUAAGCCGCGGAUGCGACAGCGGCAGCGGGCGUGCAUGAACGUUCCUCAAGGACAAGGUCAAGAACGAGUGUCCUGGCUGCAGCAAGAGACAGGACUGCAGGUUCGAGCCGUAUCCUGGGAGUAA